ACUGUUAGAUGCAGCUUAAGUUCCAUCAUCAUGAAAGUUUUUCGUUGGACAGGUUUUUGGCUGUGUGCAGUGUUACCAGCUUUCGCAAAUAGAACUUAUUUCUUCCCGACCCUCAAUUCAGUUUCAAGGGCUCCAAGGGCUUGUCAAAAUUCCCAAAGCUGAUCUCCCAAAUGAAGUGCAUAACUUUAACUUCUACUUGUCAAACGUUGGCAAAGAUAAUCCUCAGGGAAGCUUUGACUGUGUCCAGCAAACGGUCACAAGUUCUGGAGCUUCGCAGCUCAAUUGCUUGGGAUUUAUUCAAGAUAAAAUUACAGUGUGUGCAACAAAUGACUCCUAUCAGAUGACAAGAGAACGCAUGACCCAGGCAGAAGAGGAAUCACGUAAUCGAAGUACAAAGGUCAUAAAACCUGGUGGUCCAUUUGUAGGUAAAAGAGUACAGAUUCGAAAAGCACCACAGAGUAUUUUAGAUGCUGCUCCUGAAAGGAAGAGGUCAACCCCCAUGAACCCUGCAAAUACAAUACGAAAAACUCAUGUAAACAACACUGUUUCUCAGCGACCGUAUAGGGACAGGGUGAUUCAUUUACUGGCACUGAAAACCUACAAGAAACCAGAGCUACUUGCUCGCUUACAAAGAGAUGGUGUGAAUCAAAAAGACAAGAACUCCCUUGCAGCUAUACUUCAACAGGUAGCCAACUUGAAUCCCAAGGACAACUCUUACACUCUGAAGGAUUAUGUAUUUAAAGAGAUUCAAAAAGACUGGCCUGGAUACAAUGAAAUAGAUAAACAGUCAUUGGAAUUAAUACUUUCUAGAAAACUAAAUUCAUCUCAGAAUGCCACCAGCACCAGUCAUUUGGAAUCUCCUCUAAGUUCUGUUAAAGAUGCUACAUCAGCUUCUCCUUCCCAGAAACGGCUUUUGGAUUCCGAUUUUAUUGAUCCUUUAAUGCCUAAAAAACCAAGGAUAUCUCACCUUACCAACAGAGUUCAACCCACCUUAAAUGGUCACUUGACUGCUUCCAAUGAGAAACCUGCUGCAGCUCCACCACCACCACCUCCCCCUGCAGCUGCUGCCACCCCAGCCCCUCCGCCACUUCCUUCAACUCACCUUCAUGUUUCAAAUCCUCCUCAGACUGUAAACUCUAACUCCAAUUCCCCUAGCACUCCUGAAGGCCGGGGCACUCAAGACCUGCCUGUUGACAGUUUUAGUCAGAAUGGCAGCAGCAUCUAUGAGGACCAGCAAGAAAAAUAUACCUCUAGGACUCCUUUGGAAAUGCCAGCAUCCACUGCAGUUCAGUUGGAGUGCCCAAAGUCCACGGAUGAGAAACAUUCCGUGUCUCACAAAAAAUCCAAAAAGAAGUCAAAAAAGCAUAAGGAGAAGGACCAAAUCAAAAAACAUGACACUGUGUGUGUGGAAGAAAAGGAGAAAGACCUUAAGAAAGAGGAAAUUGCCAAGCUGAAAAAUUCUUCCGCUUUGGAUUCAAGUGAAGGAGUUAAAGAGACCUGCACUGCCUCCACAGAUCCUUCAUCAAAAAGUGAACUACCAGACUACUCUAUAAAAUAUAUAGCUAUUGUCUCAUAUGAGCAACGCCAGAGUUACAAAGAUGACUUCAAUGCAGAGUAUGAUGAAUACAGAAGCUUACAUGCCAGGAUGGAGAAUGUAACCAGAAGAUUUAUGAAACUUGAUGCACAACGUAAGCUUCUUUCUCCGGGAUCCAAGGAAUAUCAGGUCCUUCAUGAGGAAGUCCUAGAAGAAUAUCGGAAGAUCAAACAGUCUAGUCCCAACUACCAUGAAGAAAAGUACAGAUGUGAAUAUCUUCAUAACAAGCUGGCUCAUAUCAAAAGACUAAUAGGUGAAUUUGACCAACAACAAGCAGAAUCUGUGCACUAGAGCGCUGCUUGGACCAGAAGAUGUGAAUAAACCUAAGCUUAUUUAUUUAAAAUUCCAAAUGAGUUGCUCUCAGAUUCUAAAGAUUAAACUUGUGCAUUACAAAAGUUUCAGUAUUAGCGGACUUCAGUUACUACUUUUGUUGUUGCUUCUCUGCAUAUUUGAAGCUGCUUUUUUCUGGUCCCUUCUUUUCUUCAAGACUUAUGUUUGUCCAUGGAAAUCAUUUUACCAGUAGAUACUGGGGACCCAGUGUCUCUACUUCGAAGUUGUGCACAUUUAAAAAAAAAAUAAUAAUGUAGCAAGUUAAAAUGCUUUUGGAUAAAUAUAAGCCUGUUUUCUGACCUUUCUUGUUAAUGCAAACUCUUUGCCUUAAAUGAUAGAAGGUUUAGAAAUUUGCACAAAACAAUAUAAUAAAAGAGAGAGAAAGAAAGAAAACAUUGUUUUGGAGGGUUAAAGAGGCAUGUAUAUAUGAAAGCUAUAUACAGUCUGUCUUUAUCGACAACAGUAAUUUACCCCUGCAACUUAAACCCCCAUGCAAUGGUUGCCUUAAGGUGUUUGCUUGUGUUAUACUUACUGUAGUUAAAUUAUUAGCUACACUGCUUCCCAGUUUAUUAAAGCAACAGGGAAGCAUUCUGUGGCCUACCAGCGUCUGAAAGCGUAUGCUUGUGCUGUAUGUGUGCAAGAUUGUGUGGGUGUGAGCAUGCAUGAUGGGGGAAGAAAAAAAAGCUGCUACUCUACGUAGGCCAAACGCUCAGGUUAAAACAACUGACGAGUGUUGCUGUAGGUUUUUUUCCUAUAAAAUUGCUACUUCUCUUGUUGAAGACUAAAGCAUUUCCAUUUCAACAGUUUGUCAGCUUUAAUAAUGUUGGGGAAAAUUGAUACUUUACAAAAAUUAAACAGAUCUAUAGUUUUUGGGCAAAAUUAUAAAAUUAAACAUGUAGGUAACCUAUUUAUAUACUGCUAUAAAGUAUUUUUUUGAAGAGAGAUAUGCAAAGAAGUUACUGCCUACAUGAAAUAUAUAUUUAAAGAUUUUUCUCCUGGGUGCCAGGAAUAUAACAAACAGAGGUAUUUAACUAUAAAAUACUGUGAUCAUCAAACAGCACAAACUUUCAUUUCAUGCAGUUUAUUGGUUUAAUUUGAUUUAAACCAUCAUUUACUUUAUCAUGCGGGAACAUAAGUUAUUUGGUCAAAAGAAUAAGCAUUUUGAAUUAAUCUCUUUGUUUGUCUUACUGUAUUUGUCUUUUAAAGUGCUGCCAAUUGAAAAGGGAAGCAUUAUGUUUACAAAUCUGAUUUUGGAAUGUUUGCCAAAAUUUUGGUAGUAUCUUUAAUAAACUCUGUCUCCAGCAUCAAAAAAAUAAUUGUUGUGUGUCACUGUAAACCAGAAAAUGUUUUAUGUAAUUGUCAGAAUAUGUUCUAAAGUUCCUGGGAGUGGUGGAAUUUAGAUUUCAGUGUUUGUUUGACACAUUACUUUCAAUAGGAAAAUUGGGUCGCAUGUAAGACAAGUUGCUCUUAUUAUUACUUUAGAAUAGAGUUAGUCUCACUAACACAAUAAGUUGACACUUCAGGUGCUUCUUACUUUGAUCAUUGUAAUUAUUAAAGUCUGAUUUAAGCUUUGAUCUAUUUAUUUGAAAUGUAUAAAAAGAUGCAAAGGAAAUGUCAUGCCUCCCAUUGAAAUCACCGGGAGCUGCAUAUGUGACCAAAACUCAUUAUGAAAGUAAUGUACAAACUUCAGCACAGUGGUUUGUCACUGCACCAACUCUAGAUGGUUACAUACCAAGUUGAGGAGAUGAUAGGGAAAUAAUAAUGGCUGUUCAGUUUAAACAAUGAGUAUAUGAUGUCUAAAGUUGGGACCAUAUUAGGCAGCAGUGUUCUUGCCUCUGAAAUGUAUGACAUGCAAACCCACGCUCAUAACAUCACCUCAACAUUACUCUGCUGCAGUUCUCACUGCCUAGUCACUAUGUAUAAUACUGUCACUUUAUAACUGAGCCCUACUGCAGUUGAAGCAUUCACUUUUGUCCCUCUGUACAAAAGGAAUGGCUGGUGUUGGCACAUCUUCUGGAUUACAGAUUGUAUCUGCAGCAAGAGGUUAAUACUUCAGAGGUCCAGCAUUGAAUAUUAGACCCAACACACGACUGUAAAGCCUUAAUUUUAAAUGUCAUUUUUUGCAUUGAGCAUUUCUCAAGCCUUGCAAAACAUACCCAACAGCUUACAUAUUGCAAAACAGUCCUGUCAAUCAACAUAUCUGCUGUUUCCCUUGAGUCUGAAUUCCUGUUGAGCAAAUGUAACCGCCUAUUCAAGUAGGGCUUCCAACAAUAUUGCCCUUUCUGCAAAAUUUGCCAACUCAUUCAAAUGAGAAACAGAUGAAACUUUGCAAAUCCUGGCAGUUUGGCAAGUUACACUACUGUAAAGUUUGAAUCUCCUGUUUGUUUUAGAGAAAUGGUGAAGGGGUGACAGUGUGCAUGUCUGCUUUUAGGGAAACCUGUGUGUCUUUUCACUACAGCUUUAUCUUGAAACCUUUGAAACACUUGUGAUGGUCUAUUUAAAUAGUUUCUGUCAAAGGGAAAAAUAACUGUCCUAACUAGCAAAAAAGAACUCAUACACCAAGGGGAUUGUUUUUCAAUGUUGCUGGGUUUUUGGGAUGAGAGAAAUUGAGGAAGGAAGAGAAGGAUUAGCAAAUAUUUUAAUGUUAGUUGGUCACUCUUAACAGUUGAAAGAGCUUUGUUUGCUGGUUACUUUUAAAAAUUUGGUGUUAAAUAUUUCUAAGUCUCUGGUGGCUUUGCAAAUGUGAAAACUUUCUGUUCCACCUAAAAUUACAAGAUGUCGUGAAAGGACAGGCGGGUUUAUAAACUAUUGAAACAAGGUGCAAGCAAAAUUGAAGGAUUUAAGAAAUUCAAAUACUGUAACUUUGCUCAUUCAAUUAAUAUUACUUUUACUUUUCAUAGUGAUACCCCAGCCAGUCCUUCCUUCUCUGGCACCAUAAAUGUUGAUUCACGCAAAGACAAAUAAUACACCUAUGCCCAUCUCAUAGGCUCCUUACAGCUAAUUAUUUUCAUGCAUUCUGACAAACCAUUUCAUUAUGCAUAUGUGAUGGCAAGAUACGGCAAACAUUUCAGUAACCUUCAAUGUUUUGGGGAAGGAUAUUUAAACUGCCUAAAGGAAAACAAUAUUGGAGAACGAAUCUAAGAGUGUUUUAGUAAUGUGAAGGCUUAGAGGGCUGUAAUCCCCCUCUGCAGACUUUUUGAAGUAUUUUAAAACUUUUUAAAUUCUACAUGAACUGUAUUAAGAUUCCAUAGACUGAAACACCCUUGGGGCAUUUUGAACACUUGAGCCACUGUCGCCCCUCUGUUCUACAUCAAAUUCAAUAAAAUGUUAACUUUGCAA